UGCUGGCUGCCGGGGGUAAUAGAGUUUUGGGGUCGCACGGAAUGUUGCCGGUGGAGAAGGCUCUCCCGCCAUUUUUCAAUAAGGAUUUCAUCGCUGUUGUUUUUGCUUUCGCUCGCCCCAGUCCUUUGCGCCACUCGGUAUUUUCAGACCGACAACUGGAAUACGAAACAGCGAUUUACUCUGAGGAUAGAAAGCGCGCCAGACCCCCUUUCGAGCGCGCCGCUGUCGGCUUAUGCAAAGAGUCUUCAUCCCCCAGCCGAGUGGAAAGUGUUCCCUCACGGACUGCACUAGCGCAGGGGAGCCGUUUCAAAUUUCCCGGCACAUUUGUCGUUUUUUCUUUUUCACACAAACGAGGACCAUGGUACCACCGACCGCCUGAGCGAAAGACGAGCAGGCUGGAGGCUGUGCUAUUCUGUGCGUGAUUUCCGAGAGCCAUGCAGACAUAUUUUGUUUUCAAGUCGGAGUUGCUUUGUGAUAUUUGCGUGUUCUGACGUCUGUUUGUUUUUUUUUACUUUGAGGAAUUUUUGACAAGUGAAUAGUAAAGUCAAGACAGUGUUUUUUUUUUUUUUUUCCCGUCUGGCUCGUCUCUCCGAUGGCACCGCUCUUGGGCCGGAAGCCCUACCCGCUGGUAAAGCCGCUAGCCGAGCCGGCAGGCCCCGAAGAUGAAAUCUACACCGUGGAGCACACCCAGGAGGCCUUCAGGAACAAAGCAGAUUACGAGGCUCGCUUGCAGAGGUACAGCGAGCGGAUCUGGACCUGCAAGAGCACCGGCAGCAACCAGCUCACUCACAAAGAGGCCUGGGAGGAAGAGCAGGAGGUCACUGAGCUGCUGAAGGAGGAGUACCCUCUCUGGUUUGAGAAGCCCGUCCUGGAGAUUGUCCAUCACAACACCAUCUCCCUGGACAAGCUGGUUGACCAAGCCUGGGUCGAGAUCCUCACCAAGUAUGCCGUGGAUGAGGAGUGUGACUUUGAGGUUGGGAAGGACAAGAGCCUGCGUGUGAAAGUGGUGCGGAUCCACGCCCUGGAGAAGCAGGAGGAUGAAGCCUCGGACAAGAAGCUGGAAGGUGCCUGCGACUCCCCCUCCAGCGACAAGGAGAACUCCAGCCAGGAGAACGAGAAGCAGGAGCCCAUUGUGAAGGAGGAGAGCAGGAGGGACAGUCUCAGUGACCGAGCUCGCAGAUCUCCCAGGAAGCUCCCCGCCAGCCUGAAGGAAGAGAAGAAGAAAUGGGCGCCACCCAAGUUCCUGCCCCACAAGUAUGACGUCAGGCUGAUCAAUGAGGAUAAGAUCAUCAGCAGCGUUCCUGCAGAGAGCCUGUUCCGCACUGAGCGGCCCCCCAACAAGGAGAUCCUGCGCUACUUCAUCAGACACAACGCCCUGCGACUCGGCGCUGGGGAGAACGCCCCCUGGGUGGUGGAGGACGAGCUGGUGAAGAAAUAUUCCCUGCCCAGCAAGUUCAGCGACUUCCUGCUUGACCCACACAAGUAUAUGAGUCAUAACCCCUCUGCUAAGCGCAAGAGCUUGGGUUCUCUGGACGGGAAGCCCUCAAAGAAGCUGAAACAAGAGGAGGGAGGUGAGGGGCAGAAAGAGAAGAGGAAGAAGAAAUCCCCUCUCAGCCCCCCCCUUAGCCCCACACUAUGGAAUCACAUGCAGAUGAAUAAGGCAAUGAAUGGCACCCCCCUGAAAGUGAAGAACUCCACUGGCAACGGAGGGGAGGGAGAGAUGGAGGGCGAUGUGUUCAUGAAAACUCCCUCCAGGAAGAGAGAGAAGAAGCUAAAUGAAACCAAGCAGGGCAAAAGCAGGAAAAGCGGGGCCAAGGUCCUUAAUGGGCAGAAAACACCCAAGAGAGGACUCAAGCCAGCCAAGAAGCCCAAGAUGAAGCAGAUGACCCUACUGGACAUGGCCAAGGGCACUCCCUCCCGCAGCCCCCAGAAGAGGCUCAAGAGUGGCGGAGGGAGCACCCCCAAGCUGGGCAAGCCCCUGCCUCCCAUGGCGCUCCACUUGCUGCGUUACUACAAGGAAAACAAAGGAAAGGAAGACAAGAAGAGUGCCCUGUCCUGCCUCAUCACCAAGGCCGCCAAGGUGCUGUCUCCUGAGGACCGGGGCCGGCUCCCGGAGGAGCUGCGAGACCUCGUCCAGAAGCGCUGGGAGCUCCUGGAGCACAAGAGGCUCUGGGCAGCCAUGAGUGAGGAGGAGAAACAGGACGUGAUGCGCAAGAAGCGCGAGGAGGUCAAGGAGAAGCUGCGUGAGAAGGCCAAGGAGAGACGGGAGAAGGAGAUGCUGCAGCGCCUGGAGAAGCAGCGGCGCUACGAGGACCAGGAGCUGACCGGCCGCAGCCUGCCCAACUUCAAGCUGGUGGACAUGCCUGAGGGCCUGCCCAAUGCACUCUUCGGCGACGUGGCCAUGGUGACAGAGUUCCUGAACUGCUAUGCUGGCUUGCUGAUGCCGGAAGAUCAGUCCCCCAUCACUGCCGUGGCGCUGAUGGAGGCCCUGGCUGCUGAAAAGGGCGGCUUCCUGUACCUUAACAGGGUCUUGGUGAUCCUGCUCCAGACGCUGCUCCAGGACGAGCUGGCUGAGGGCUAUAGUGAGCUGGACAUGGUCCUCUCGGAGAUCCCUCUCACCCUGCACUCCGUCUCGGAGCUAGUCCGCCUCUGUCUGCGCCCCUGGGACGCCCAGGACGAGAGCGCGCAGGGUUCCUCUGCGGGGGACCUGGGGCUGGGCGGCUUCGACGACGUGGUGAGCAACGAGUUCCUGGAAAAGCUGGAGACAGCGGAGGUCUUCGAGCUGUCCCCACAAGAGAAGGUCAGUCUCCUGGUGGCUCUGUGCCACCGCAUCCUCAUGACCUACUCUGUGGAGGACCACGUUGAGACCAUGCAGCAGCGCUCUGCCGAGCUCUGGAAGGAGAGGCUGGCCACGCUGAAGGAGGUCAACGACCGCAAGAGGGCAGAGAAGCAGCGCCAGAAAGAGCUGAUGGAAGCCAAGGCAGGAGGAGGAGGAGGAGAAGGGGUGAAGGUAGAAGGAGAUGGAAAUCUGACGACUGUCUCCUCCUCGGGAAAGGCAGACAAAAAGAAACAACCGGCCGGUGGAGAGAAAAAGGAUCUGAACAAAGGGAAGGUGGACGCGGCUCCUGUAGAUCAGGAACCCGAGGAUAUGAUCAGCACAGUGAAGAGCAGAAGGCUGCUUUCUAUCCAGGCUAAGAAAGAGAAGGAGGAACACGACCGACUGACCAAGGAGCGGAUGGAGAAGGAGGCAGAGGAGGAGCGGAUACGCAAACAGAAAGCAGCUGCAGAGAAGGCCUUCCAGGAGGGCAUCACCAAGGCGAAGCUGGUGCUGCGCCGCCUCCCGCUGGGGACUGACCGUAACCACAACAGGUACUGGCUGUUCUCAGAUGUAGUCCCAGGGCUGUACAUUGAGAAGGGCUGGGUGCAUGACAGCAUUGACUACAGCUUCACACUGCCCCCGAAGAAAAAGGAGGAACAGGAUCCAGAAUAUAAACCAGAUGGAGGUGGAGGAGGGGACAACUGCCUGAACGAGAGCGGCCAGCAUAAUGGAGCUGAACUCUGUAUAGAAACAACCGUUCCCAAACAAGGACAGAACCUGUGGUUCCUGUGUGACACCCCAAAGGAGCUGGAGGAGCUGCUGGAGAGCCUGCACUCGCAGGGGGCCAGGGAGAGUGAGCUCAAGUAUCGCCUGCAGAACAAGUACCAGGAUGUCUUGCAUUCGCUCUACCUGGCCCGCAAGCCCAACCCGGGGCUGAAGGCCUGCGACGGCCACCAGGAGCUGCUCAAGUUCCUGCGCAGUGACAUCAUAGAGGUGGCAUCGCGGCUGCAGAAAGGCGGGCUGGGAUACAUGGACGACAUCACAGAGUUCGAGGAGAGGGUGCGCUCUCUGGAGAAGCUGAAGGAUUUCGGGGAGUGUGUGAUCCCCCUGCAGGAGUGCGUCAUCAAGAAGUUCCUCCAGGGCUUCAUGGCACCCAAGCAGCAGAAGAGGAGGAAGCAGGAGGAGAGCAGCAGCAAGGCAGAGGAGAUAGACGAGGACAAGAAGAUGGCAGAGGAGGCAAGGGUGGCCUCUGCAGUGGAGAAGUGGAAGACUAUGAUCCGGGAAGCCCAGACCUUCUCCCGGAUGCACGCUCUCCUGGGAAUGCUGGACGCCUGCAUUAAGUGGGACAUGUCGGCUGAGAACGCGCGCUGCAAGGUGUGCAGGCGGAAAGGUGAAGAUGACAAGCUGAUCCUGUGUGAUGAGUGUAACAAGGCCUUCCAUCUGUUCUGUCUGAGGCCGGCUCUCUACUCCAUCCCUGACGGGGAGUGGCUGUGUCCGUCCUGCCAGCCCGCUAUCGCUCGCCGCUGCUCUCGGGGCAGGAACUACAAUGAGGACACGAGUGAGGAGGAGGAAGAGGAUGAGGAGGAGGAAGACGACUCAGAGGAGGAAGACUCUGAGUCUGAUGAAGAUUUCAAGGUGGCUGGGCUGAGUUUGAGGCCUCGGAAAGGUGCUAAGGGUAAACAGUCUGCAUCUUCAUGGUCGCAAAAGCAGGGAGGAAAACAGGUUACCAAGAAAAAUUCCCCACAAAACUCCAAGAGCAGCAGGCAAAAGGUGAACCCGGGCAUCCCUGCUGACAUCGAGGAACUGGUGCGGCAGAGCUCGAGACAGGGAGUGAGCAGACAAGCCCUGGAGGUGCAGAGGUGUGAGGAGAUCCUUAACAAACUGGUCAAGUUCAGAUUCAGCUGGCCCUUCAGAGAGCCAGUAUCUGCAGAGGAAGCAGAAGACUACCUGGAGGUGAUCUCUAAUCCCUUGGACUUCCAGAGCAUGCAGCGCAAGUGUGCGAACCGGGAGUACCGCCACGCGGCAGACUUCGUGGAGGACAUGAAGCUCGUCUUCUCCAACGCUGAGCAAUACAACCAGCCUGACAGCCAUGUCCUUUCCUGCCUGACCAAGACGGAGCAGUGCUUUGUGGACUUGCUGCACAAACACCUACCGGGCCAGAGCUACAUGCGUCGUCGGCAACGCAAGAGGGUGAGCGACACAAGCAAGCAGGAGGAGGAGGAGGAGGAGGACGAAGAAACAGAGGAGAGCGAAAAGGAGGACAGUCACAGAACUCGGAAUAGCAAACAGAACAGCUCGGCACGCAAGCAAGGGCGCAAGGACAACGAGGAGGAUGACAGCGAGCAGGAGGACAGCAGGAAGACUCGGCACAGCAAGCGGACGGGCUCGGCACGCAAGCGGUAUGAGGAGGUGGAGGAGGAGGAGAGUGAGCAGGAGGACGGCCGCAAAACUCGGAAAAGCAGGCGAACCAACUCGGCUCGCAAUCAGAAACACGACGAAGAGGAGAGCGACGCUGAACAGGAAAGCAGGAAAACACGGCACAGCAAGAGGACAAGCAAGAGAGGGAGAGACGAGGAGGAGGAGAGCGACGGGGAAAAGAAAAACCAGCAACAUUCCAGAAGGCGAAGACAUAUAUUAUAAAUCCUUUUUUUUUUUUUUUUAAAUCCUUUGUUGGAAACUUAUACCUGACCACCCGACUUGGAUUUUUUUUUUUUUUUGAUAAUUCUUUAUUUUCCUUGUUUUUGUAUUUUGUAGAGCUGCUGAUUUAUAUUUGUAUCUAAUGUUUUCUUGGACUGUUCAGGAGAGUCGGUUAAUUCAUUAAAUGCACAGGGUUGGAUAUUCGGAGCUCCUAUACAAUGUCUUUGUAUUUGUAAUUUUUUCUGCCCUGAGAGUGGAACAGAAUUUUUUUUGGGGGGGGGUUGGCAGGCAUAGGAGCUUUUUUAAUACUUUGAGUUUUACAGCUGGUUGGGAUGGGGGCACCCCUCUUUUUGCCAUCAAGGGUAUCCUGCCUCCUUUCCAAUACAAGGGUUCUGCUUGUAUAUCGUCAUGUUAAAUGUGUAAGUUUGAGUUCAGAGAGGUGACGUGCAGUGCUGCAGCCCUCGUACAGACUCUACAAGCAACAUCAGCAUCUCUAAGGGCUUGCUCGUCGGAUCCGUCCUCUUGCCCACUGAAACUGGUGGUGUAAUUGACGUGGUGCUUGCAAACUGUUCAGGUGUACACUCGUUCAGAUCCACGCCUCCGUGUGAGGCAGGGGUAUUUUCACGUGUGAAUCUGUAUCUAUGCUCUUGAGUUGGGAACGGAGAUAGGAGGUUUUUGGGGUCAGGAAGUCUGACUUUUUAUAGCAAUUUUUUGAAGCAAUUUUUACAUGUAGUUGCCAUUUCCAAGCAAUGUCCUAUGUGCAAGCAACGGUGUGAGCAAAAUUGAGGUGAAGAUUGCUUGACCAUGUGAAGUUGGCAGGAGAAGAAAAAAAAAGGAAAAAAGUUGGCACUUUUUUGUUUUUAAAACAAAACCCUUUCUAUAGUAAAAAAAAAAAAAGCAGCCAUGUGUCUUCCAUCUCGGCUUUUGCCAGCAGAUGUCGCUGUUGGUCUGCAAUGUUUUUUUUGAAGUCCUCUCUUCAAUACUGAAGAUUUUAUAUUAGGGUUAUAGGAGGCAAGUUGGUGGUGUGUGUUGACUUAAGGAUCCUACCGUGGUUAGAGAGAUAAUCGGGCCCUUACUAGUGUGUCUGUUUAGCAACCUAACCAGCUGUAGUGCGGUGACUUCACCUGCCAGCUCUGUGGUAGACCAGUGUAACAACGUUUAAAACUAAAUACAUAAACAAAACCCCUCAACUUGCACCUUUUCUGUUGGUUAGUUUGUUAUGCAGAUGUUUUGAACUAAGAAAAAAAAUAAUCCUAUUUGUGAAAUCCUUUUAAUAAAAGAAACAGAUGGACACAAUGUUGUACAGAAGACAUGUUUUUUUGUAAUACCACCUCUUUUGUGCUGUUUUGAUCUUGGCUGGUGUUGUACAGAACUACCCCAUAGAAUUGUACAGAACUUGUCAGCCUCCCUCCCCUUCUCCCUUAAGUUUAUGUACCAGUGAAAAGACUCCUAGGUUUAUGAAAUUCUCUCCCUCCCUCCUCCCCCCCACUCACAUCCACCUGUGAUUCCUCUUCUCCUUUUCUGCAGCUCUGUAUAGUUUUGUGUUCAAGAAAGAACAAAUACAAAAAAAAAAAUCAAGUUUUUCAAUUUAUAGCUCUUACAGAAAAUGUGUGCCCUCUGCUGGGGAGGGUUAUUAUUUCAAGGGUAUAACAGAUGGCUGUCCUCUCCCUUCUUUCCUAUAACCCCUCCAGACUCCUAGUUAUAAUUUUUUUCCCCACUUUAUUUGAAAAUGACCCCCCCCCCCCCCUUUUUUAGUAAAGGAACAAGUCUGGUAGAUUAUUUUUACUUUUUGGGGGGAGGGGGGGUGGGGCUUGGCUUGUAUUAAAGACACAUUUUUAAUAAAGAAUAUGCAUUUGAGUUUGUAGGUUUCUGCUUUUCUUUUGUGAUCCUGUGAGAUUUGUAUUGCCCUGUCCACACUGCCAUCUUGGAGUCUGCCUUUAAUAAAGUAUUAUGAUUUUAUUUUUAAAUAAACUCCUUACCUACUGUU